AGCGGCUGGGAUGAAAAUCAGCACCUCCAAAUGCGAGACCAUGGUCCUCAGCCGGAAAAGGGUGGAGUGCUCUCUCAGGGUUGGGGAGGCGGUCCUUCCCUAAGUGGAAGAAUUUAACCCUCUGGAGUCUAGGGGAAUACACAAUAGACGUUUUCUUCCGCCAAAGCUGGAAAGAUGAGCGGCUGAAGUUUCAUGGACCAAUGAAUAUCCUCCGUUUGAACAAUCUCAUGGCCAGCAAGAUCUGGACACCAGACACGUUUUUCCACAAUGGGAAGAAAUCCGUGGCCCACAACAUGACUAUGCCGAACAAACUGCUGCGAAUUAUGGAUAAUGGCACGUUGCUAUACACAAUGAGGCUGACUGUUCAGGCUGAGUGCCCCAUGCACCUGGAGGAUUUCCCCAUGGACUCUCAUUCCUGCCCCCUGAAGUUCGGCAGCUAUGCUUACACAACAACAGAGGUGACAUACAUCUGGACUCGCAACGCCUCCAAGUCCGUCGAGGUGGCGCCAGACGGCUCCAGACUGAACCAGUAUGACUUGCUGGGCCAGACCGUAGGGAAAGAGACCAUAAAAUCCAGCACAGGAGAAUACACUGUCAUGACGGCUCACUUCCACCUGAAGCGUAAGAUCGGUUACUUCGUGAUCCAGACCUACCUGCCGUGCAUCAUGACUGUGAUCCUGUCCCAAGUCUCCUUCUGGCUCAACAGGGAGUCUGUACCUGCCAGGACCGUCUUUGGUUGUUGUCCUUUAUAAUGACAGCCACAGGCCAUUCACCAGUCGCAGGAUCA